ACCGAAGCAGCUCAAAUAUGACUUGCUAUACCGAGUCCGGCUAUUGCUGAGUAAGUAUACGCAGGACUCAAGUGAACAUACGGAUAUCACCAUUUGAACAGUGUGGCGCGUACAAGGAAUUAAUUGCGGUGAUACUCAAACGGAUUUGUAAAGCACAACAACGACAAUGCCCAACUGGGGAGGUGGAAACAAGUGUGGCGCUUGCCAGGGCACGGUGUAUCAUGCUGAGGAGGUGCAGUGUGAUGGCAAGAGCUUCCACAAAUGCUGCUUCCUAUGCAUGGUGUGCAGGAAGGGACUGGACAGCACCACGCUGGCCAUCCACGACACGGAGAUCUACUGCAAGUCCUGCUACGGGAAGAAGUACGGGCCCAAAGGCUACGGCUACGGCCAGGGCGCCGGAACACUCAACAUGGACCGAGGAGAGAGGCUGGGGAUCAAACCAGAGGAGACCCAGACCCACAGACCCACCACCAACCCCAACCCCUCGAAAUUUGCCCAGAAGUUUGGGGGCUCAGAGAAGUGUGCGCGAUGUGGGGAUUCUGUUUAUGCAGCGGAGAAGGUCGUAGGGGCAGGCAAGCCGUGGCACAAAAACUGUUUCCGCUGUGCCAAGUGUGGGAAGAGCCUGGAGUCCACCACUCAGACAGAGAAAGACGGCGAGAUCUACUGCAAAGCAUGCUAUGCCAAGAACUUUGGACCCAAAGGAUUUGGUUAUGGCCAAGGGGCAGGGGCUUUGGUCCACGCCCAAUGAUGACUGCUUCUCAACAGGAACUACGCCUACCAUGCCUUUGUGCCAUUCAGUCUAAUGUGAAAAUCUGAGUAUUCAUGCCUUAGUUUUUUUGCAUGGGAUGUGUGCACCAAUAAUAAACAGAAUAUUUACAGAUCCA